ACAUGGUUGUGAAAAGCUUGACUCUUUGUAACAACAAUAAUAUCCAAUAGUUUUGAAUGCAUCGCUUGAACGUACGGCAGGAGGAGGCGGACACAAAUGAAGACAGUUGACAUAUAUCAACAACUCUUUCCGUCAUAUUUAAGGCAAUUUUGUGACAUGAAACUGGACGUCAAACAUUAAGCUACGUAAGUAGUAAAGUUAGGUCACUAAACUGUUAAGUUAAUCAAGCGGAAGAUCGUUAGCAAAAGAAAGGUAUUUUCUCCUGCCGAAAGAAGCCGAAUAUCCUCGUAAAUGAAGUUAAUAAUUAAGCUAAGUGGCUAACUAAGCUGCUAGUUAGAGAAACAUGACGGUUUCUUCUGUCAACACACCAGUCUAUGACCGUUACAUGACCGUUUUAGGUUUGUUGUAAAAGUUGUUUGGAUUUGGGGACCAUGUCUACGGGACCUGUGGACGGGAAUGGUCUGCUACGGGGAAGUUGCACACGGUCUUACGGUAGUUUGGUCCGUACUUCAGCCUCUCCCGUUCAGCAGAGGCGCAUUGAACACAGACUUGAGCCGGGUGAAACUCUACAAGGUCUGGCUCUCAGGUACGGAGUCUCGAUGGAACAGAUAAAAAGAGCCAACAGGCUUUAUACCAAUGACUCUAUAUUUCUGAAGAAGUCCUUGUCAAUCCCUGUGCUUUCGGACUUGGAUGGAUGCGGUGUUGGGAUGGAUUUGGCUCAGGAGGACAGCCCAGGAGAGUAUGUUGGCCAAGCUCCUGCUCAAUAUGGUGAGGAUGGUGUUGCAGAACUUACCCCAGAGAGGUUUUUGAAAAGGCUGGAUGAGUUGAUAAACCAUUCCAAGCAGGCUGCUGUAAAAGGAUGCCAGGAAGCAGAGCAAAGGGUUGCCGCCCUAGAAGCAGCAUGCAACAGUGCAUCACCAGAUCGGCCUUUCACCAGGUCACGGAGCAUCACAUCUGUCUCUGUAAAGCAUCAGCAGAGACAGGAGGAUGGGUCAUACGUCAUGGUCCCUCGUACCAUCACCAAACUCACCAAGAAACUGAGAGACAGGGAAGAUGAGAUCUUUGAGCUGUGACAUUUUCCCUAAGGUUUUCCCUUUGUGAAUCAAGGAUAUGUUUUCAGUGUGUUAUAGUUUUUUGAUAAUACAGUUUAAAUCAGAAAUUUGAUUUCUCAUUAGUACCUGCUACUGUUACAGCUAAAAGCACAACAUUCAUUUUCUAAUGCAGGUAAAUAGACCUUGUGUAGCUUUAUUUAUUUGUAAAUAAUGAAAAUCUAGGUUUUGUUUCCUCACAGGCAAGCAAUUUAGGCUGUAAAAAAUGUGACUUUGUAGGAAAUGUGACUUUACAG